CCGCGCCUCCUGCGCCCCUUGAGACGGGUGACGCCCAGACUUGUACGCAAGGAAGGAAGGAGUAGCCUCUCUCCAAGAUGGCGGCGACCAUAGACAACAGCAAUGCCGUGCAGGCGACAAAGAAAAAGCACCUCGGGAUCCCCGAAGCCGUGUUUGUGGCGGAUGUCGACUCUUUUAUGAAGCAGCCAGGUAACGAGACGGCGGACUCGGCACUGAGGAAGCUGGACGAACAGUACCAGAAGUAUAAGUACAUGGAGCUCAACCUGUCUCAAAAGAAACUCAGGUUGAAAAGCCAGAUCCCACAAAUCACACAGACGCUAGAAAUCCUACGACACAUGCAGAAGAAAAAGGAGACCACAGAGCCCCUGGACACACACUUCCUGUUGGCUGACAAUGUUUACUGCAAGGCCUCAGUGCCGCCCACCGACAAAGUCUGUCUAUGGUUAGGGGCAAACGUCAUGUUAGAGUACGACAUCGACGAAGCCCAGGCUCUCCUAGAGAAGAACCUCUCCACAGCAUCUCGUAACCUAGAGACACUCGAGGACGAUCUGGAUUUCCUGCGAGACCAGUUCACCACCACCGAAGUCAACAUGGCACGAGUCUACAACUGGGACGUGAAGAGAAGGAGCAGAGAAAACCUCCUCAAGUCAGCAGACAAGUCUUAAUAUCGACAGCACGGCAUCCACACCCUCCCCCCUCUGCUAACCAUCUCCUCCACAGUCAAUAAAAAUGACCCCACGACCCCCAAACUCAUGUAUGUUCCCCACAGAGCUUGACAGAAGAGGGCCCGUUUGAAAUAUCUCUAGAAGCUGCAGUGUGCUCAGCGAACGUGUGCUUGAUUCGGUGUUUUAUUUUGAAUGUGCCCUCUCUCUCUCUCUCUCUCUCUCUAUCGAGGCGAGCUCAAACUUCCACCACUUGUGUUUUCUGUUGAUUUGUUACUUUUUAAAGUAUUUUUUCAAGUAAAAACUAACAAAAAAAAAACAAAGGCAACGAGGCAGUUUUUGUAUUCUUUUCGAUGAUUUCAGUAUGUUCCUGUUUGUGAGGGUUCUCUCGCAUCGUCUUUGCUUUCCUGCAUUUUCUUGCACUUCCGUUUCCUCCCCUCCUCCUCUUCCUCCUCAGCCUCCAGCAACUUUUCACACUUUAUACUUGAGUUGUUAAUUCUUGAAGCUCACCCAGUUGCCAUCAUACUAAUCAGGCCUGAAUGAUCACAACAGAAGACCUUCCUUUCCCUUCGACUUUCCACCCUCUUCCUUUCCUCUCCGGUUCCUCCACUUUCUCCUCUUUCUCCUCCACCUUCUAGCAGCUGUUCUGUCUGUAUUUAUUUGUCUCUCACUGUACUCAUUAAACAAUGAAUGAAGUAAAAGAAGAACAUUUGGGCAAAGAGACGAGACACUGA